UAAAUUCAUUUUGAUUUUACACGCGAGCGUCAAAAGCGGAACUAAUGCGACGCAACGUUCUACACGGACAAAUUAGAGCGGCGCACCCAACCACUGUAGAUCGCUGCGGGUGCGGCGAGUGUCUCAAUUCAUCUCCCGAUGUUGUGAAUGUGUAUGCAGGUUUGGGCACUGAUGUUGAUGGUCAGCAGGAUUGGGUGAAUUACAGCCCUUCAAAUGUUUGUGCGUUAAGAGGCUCAAGAGUGAGAUUAUCUUGUACUUUAAAACCUCCUCAUGAUAGUGUUACAGCAGCCAUCUGGACCAAAUCAGCAUAUACAAAAUCAAACCUGUGCCCAUACACAAAUUACAGGGGAAAGGUUCAGUGUGUUUACAGUAACUCUAAAGACACUCACAGCUUAACUUUGACACAAGUUACAGAAGCUGAUAAAAACAUCUACUACUGCAGAUUUACAACAAAAUGUGGAUACUACAGUUGUGUGGAUAAAAUAUGGACAGGGACUCCUGGAGUUCAGCUUGAUGUCACAGACCUGCAGGUGGAGACAAAUCAGAGAGUGAAAGAGGGAGAUUCAGUGACUCUUACAUGUAAAACCACCUGCAGACUGACUGAAGAAACAACAUUCAUCUGGUACAGAAACACACAGAGAUUCACUAAAGGAAGAAUUACAUUGAAUCAACUUCACCUGCUGUCAGUCAGUCGUGAUGAUUCAGGAGUUUAUAGAUGUGCUGCUGCUGUAAGAGGAUCUGAACGUCUUCUGUCCUCUCCUAAUGUUUAUCUUAAUGUUGAGUAUGAUGAUCAGAUGGGUUGGGGAGUGAAUUAUAAUCCUUCAUAUGUUUGUGCAUUAAGAGGCUCAACAGUGAGAAUAUCUUCUACAAUUAAAUAUCCUAAAGACCAUGUGGUCAAUAAAGCCGUCUGGACUAAAACUGCUGUAAUUGAUGGAGAACCACCUGACCUGUGUUUGGAUCCAGAAAACAGAAGAGGAGUUCAGUGUCACAGUGAAAAUAAAGACACUCACAGCAUCACUUUGACAGAUGUGACAGAAGCUGAUAAACACAUCUACUACUGCAGAUUUAUAACAGACUGUGGAUACAACUGUAAAAACAAUGUAUGGAGAGGGAUUCCUGGAGUUCAGCUUGAUGUCACAGACCUGCAGGUGGAGACAAAUCAGCGAGUGAAAGAGGGAGAUUCAGUGACUCUUACAUGUAAAACCACCUGCAGUCUGACUGAAGAAACAACAUUCAUCUGGUACAGAAACACACAGAGAUUCACUAAAGGAAUAAAAACAUUGAAUCAACUUCACCUGCAGUCAGUCAGUCGUGAUGAUUCAGGAGUUUAUAGAUGUGCUGCUGUAAGAGGAUCUGAACGUCUCUCAUCUCCUGAUGUUUAUCUUAUAGUAGAUGAUGUUGAUGGUCAGCAGGUUUGGGGAGUGAAUUACAGCCCUUCAUAUGUUUGUGCAUUAAGAGGCUCGACAGUGAGAAUAACAUGUACUUUAAAAUAUCCAUCUGGCUAUGUGUUCAAUAAAGCCUUCUGGACUAAAGCUGUUGAAUCUCAAGUGGAACACCCAAACCUGUGUCUGGACCCAGCAUACAAAAGAGGAGUUUGUCAAAGUGAGAAUGAAAACCCUUUCAGCAUCACUUUGACAGAUGUGACAGAAGCUGAUAAACACAUCUACUACUGCAGAUUUACAACAGAUAAAGAUGGUAAAUGGACAGGAGUUCCUGGAGUUCAGCUUGAUGUCACAGACCUGCAGGUGGAGACAAAUCAGAAAGUAAAGGUUGGAGAUUCAGUGACUCUUACAUGUAAAACCACCUGCAGUCUGACUGAAGAAACAACAUUCAUCUGGUACAGAAACACACAGAGAUUCACUAAAGGAAGAAUUACAUUGAAUCAACUUCACCUGCAGUCAGUCAGUCGUGAUGAUUCAGGAGUUUAUAGGUGUGAUGCUGUAAGAGGAUCUGAACGUCUUCUGUCCUCUCCUGAUGUUUAUCUUAGUGUUGAGUAUCCUCCUGAGAAAACUUCAGCAUCCAUCAGUGGAUCUGGUGAAAUAAUGGAGGGUGAUUCAGUGAAUCUGACCUGCAGCAGUGAAUCAAAUCCACCUGUUUACAACUACAACUGGUUUAAAGGAGAAAAGUUAGUGGGAUCUGGACAGAUCUACAACAUCACGAGUAUCAAAUCAGAUCACAGUGGAGAAUAUAAGUGCAAGUCCAGAAAUAAACAUGGACAUAAAUAUUCAGAUGCUGUGAUGCUGAAUGUUAUGUAUUCAGCAAGAAAUGUUGUGGCGUCCAUCAGUGGAUCUGGUGAAAUAAUGGAGGGUGAUUCAGUGAAUCUGACCUGCAGCAGUGAAUCAAAUCCUCCUGUUCAAGAGUACAGCUGGUUUAAAGGAGAAGAGUUUAUAAGAUCUGGACAGAUCUACAGCAUCACGAGUAUCAGAUCAGAUCACAGUGGAGAAUAUAAGUGCAAGUCCAGAAAUAAACAUGAAGAGAAAGAUUCAGAUGCUGUGGUGCUGAAUGUGAUGUAUGCACCAAGAAAUGUUGUGGCGUCCAUCAGUGGAUCUGGUGAAAUAAUGGAGGGUGAUUCAGUGAAUCUGACCUGCAGCAGUGAAUCAAAUCCACCUGUUCACAACUACAGCUGGUUUAAGGUGAAUGAACCAUCAUCAGUUGGAUCUGGACAGAUGUACAGCAUUAAUAACAUUAACUCCAGACACAGUGGAUGGUUUUACUGUGAGGCUCAGAAUGAAGUCGGAUCUCAGAGAUCUGCUGCUGUAUCAGUCACAGUAACAGGGGCUCAGGUUUUGGCUGUUUAUUAUGGGACUGUGGCAGGAUUUGGUGGGUUGUCCAUCAUCAUCUUCAUCAUUCUGUGUAUUAGAAAGCGCAGGAGAGAUCUCACAGCAGAAGACAUCAAGCAGAAGCAGACGGCUGACUGGAGUGAUGAUACAUACACAGCUCUGAAUCCUGAGUCCAGAACAUCUGAUGACAUUUACAACACAAUCAGAUCUGAUCAGUGCAGGGCUGCUGAUGGCGUCUACACGACUCUUGAGCUUCAGUCCAGAUCUUCUGAAUAUGACACACUUACAGUAAACAAACAUUAAACUCUCUCUGACAGACGCCACUGUAGACUGAUGUAAUGUUGUAAUUUGUUGUUUAUCAUUACUAACAGUUAACAUCAACUAACAUAUAUGUACUGCAUUUACUAUGUUAAGAUUUACACAGAUUGACACAUAUAGUUUUUUUUGUGUAUUAAAAAGAUGUUUGUUUAUCAUCAGAAAAUGACCACAUUUCUGUGUUAUAAUCCUCAUCUGUAUCCCAGAAGAGACUUUUUACUCUCUGAAGUUCACACAGAAGGUGAUAGUCAUUAAAGACGAUUGACUGAGAUGAUUGUUCAGUAUAUUGAGAGCCUGUCACACCUUUAGUACAGUAGAGGUUAAAUGUGAUCUUUUGCAGGGGCGUCGCUAGACCCCUUUUACUGGGGCAUGUGCCCCAGUGUAAAUCUUUUGUGCCCCGGUGUAAAUCUCAAGUUUAAAUUUUAGCAGUUAACUAGUGCAAUCCUUUACAAAGACAAUCGCGGCAAAAACGGAUCUUUAUGCAAAGUAGUUAUUCAAUUCAAUUUUGACUCGAUCAUUAUUGGCUUUUGUAGAUGGAAAUCAGAAAUGUUUUGUGUAAAGCAGGGAAAGAGAAGAAGAAAGGAGAGAUGAAACAUUUAAGGGAGGUUAGACAAACUACAUCCUGACCCUGUCAGGUCUCAAACAUUAGAGGAAAAAUCUCAGGAAAACCUCUGUCAAGUAUAUAGAAUUGCAUUGUUGCUGAGAAAAUCAACAGAUGUAUGUGUUAUACUGUUCUGUAUUUUCAGAUAUGAAAUUAAUAUUUAGUUUACUAAUAUUUAACUCUAGGACAUAACACAAACAGUUAGCAGUAACUGUGACUGAGAUUAUAUAGUAUAGCAGUCAUAAAAUGACUGGUUUCUUAAAAUAUUCUUAUAAAAAUAAGUUAUUAAUCAUUGCUAUCAUUGAAAAUAUUUCUCUGCUGUCAUUAUUUCCAAACAUGUUAUGUCAUUUAUGCCUCCAAACAUGUUAAUAAUGUUAGGUAUGAUGAAGAAUAUCUUUCGCAGUAACUGUUGCACUGUAGAAUAGUGGGUUAAGCAAAGGACGUUGUAUAGAAGUGUUGCACACCUCUUUCACACAGCAGGCUUUCAAAAAAAGUCAGCAAAAAAUGGGGGGCCUGUGCCCCAGUAGAGCUUUAUGUCUAGCAACGCCCCUGAUCUUUUGAUUGGUCAGUUUGAGUCACAUGAUCAAUGAUGGGAUUAAAGUGAAUUGUAAUUUAUGCUCUGACUCUUUUCUCUGUUGUUGCUUUAUGAUCUUCUGUAUCUGAGUUCUGCUUCAGCUGUGGUUCUUCAUUUGA